CUCCCUCACUACCGCUGUUUCCAACAGCUGAUUUCUAGAUCGCGCAGAGGAACACGGCGAGAGAUUUGGGGUUUUGGAUCCUUGGCAGGUGAAGGAUUUACCGCGAGUAAAAAUGCAGGAAAAGCGCUGCGAUCCUCCAGCGGCCGACAUGAAGAACUGAGCUCCGCCGCCGCCGCUGCCAUCAGCUCCGAGAGGAUGGCUUUCCAUGGAUCCACUCGGCCGACAGUGUGUGGUAACUUGUUCCCAGCAUCAGAGUUAGGCCACAAAUAUUUUUGUGUCAACACCACAGCCGGCACUACCUCAACGGGCCUCGGCGCAACACCAAAUCCGACUGGGCCCAACGCACCUGCUGGGACUCCCAGACACCCGGCGUCUCUCGGGGGCAGCGCUGGCGGAGGGGCGGCCAUCCCGCAACCUCACAGUAACCCAGCUAGUGAGGUGCCAAGUCCUGCUGAAAUGGAGCCUGAUCGACCUAUCGGUUACGGGGCGUUUGGAGUGGUCUGGUCUGUGACUGACCCUCGGGAUGGACGCAAGGUGGCUCUGAAGAAAAUGCCCAAUGUCUUCCAGAACCUGGUCUCCUGCAAACGUGUGUUCAGGGAACUCCGGAUGCUGUGUUUCUUUAAACAUGACAACGUGCUUUCUGCCCUUGACAUUCUCCAACCUCCACAAAUCGACUGCUUUGAGGAGAUAUACGUGAUCACUGAGCUCAUGCAGAGUGACCUACAUAAAGUCAUCGUUUCCCCUCAGCCUCUCACCACCGAUCACAUCAAGGUGUUCCUCUACCAGAUACUCAGGGGACUGAAGUACCUGCACUCAGCAGGCAUUCUCCACAGAGACAUCAAACCAGGGAACCUGCUGGUCAACAGCAACUGUCUGCUUAAGAUCUGUGACUUUGGCCUGGCACGUGUUGAGGAGCCGGAUCCCUCUCGUCACAUGACCCAGGAGGUGGUGACGCAGUAUUACCGUGCUCCAGAGGUGCUGAUGGGAUGCCAGCAUUACACUUCAUCUAUAGAUGUCUGGUCUGUUGGUUGCAUCUUUGCCGAGCUGCUGGGCCGACGGAUUCUCUUCCAGGCUCAGAGUCCCAUACAGCAGUUGGAUCUAAUCACUGAUCUCCUCGGGACUCCUCCUCUUUCUGCCAUGACGUCUGCAUGUGAAGGAGCUCGAGCGCACAUUCUCAGAGGACCCCACAAACCACCGUCAUUGUCUGUUCUGUACAUGCUGUCAGAUGGGGCAACACAUGAAGCCGUUCAUCUUUUGUGCCGAAUGCUAGUUUUUGAUCCAGCCAAGCGCAUCUCCGGCAGUGACGCUCUGUCUCACCCGUAUCUGGACGAGGGUCGUCUUCGCUACCACACCUGCAUGUGCAAGUGUUGUUACUCUGUGCCCAGCGGGAGGGUUUACACCCGAGACUUUGAGCCUCCUGCGGAUCGACCGUUCAGCCACAACUAUGAGCAGAGCAUGCACUCCGUCUGGCAGGGCAAAGAGCUCAUCCAUCGUUUUAUAACAGAGCACCAGCAAGGCAAACGAGUGCCUUUGUGCAUCAAUCCCCAGAGCGCAGCCUUUAAAACCUUCAUCAGAUCCACAGCCUGGCAUUCAUCAAAGGUAUCAAGGAAAGAGGAGAGAUGAGUGAUGAGGUGGACUCUGGGAAGUGUUGAUCAUAGAAGCGAGCUUGCAUUGGAGAUGAUUGAAGAUGUUCUUGAUGGAUCACACACCGCUUUUUGAACGAAGUCUCAGCACUCACCGCAUGGGGGGGUUUCUCCAGAAAACACAUUUUUCCAGUUCCACACAACACUUAAACGAAAAAAAAAGAGGUUCAGAUGCUGCUGAGAACACUUUUAUACAGAAUGUGUGUGAUUGAGGAUUAUGGGAAAUAGUUUUUUUCCAUAGGGAAAAGAAAAAAAGAAUCUCAUGGAUUGUUGAAUAUUGAGCCAACAUCAGUGUUGUGCAAUACAGAUUUCUGGAAUAAUGCAAAUAUGACGAGACUGCGCUGACCAGCAUCAGAUCAGUGCCCACAAGUCCUCAGCAUCGCCCCUGCGGCCAUCUCUAUCCUCCAAACUCUGUCCAUAGACUUUUAUCACUGUGUUCCUUUUUGCGGGUUCCUUAUACUUAGAAAUUCUGCUAACCAAAAGUACUUCAAGUCUUCUUACUUU